UGCACGUCGAUCAGUCCGCGCGGAGCCUCCGGUAUGGACAGCGUCAGCCGCCUCGCCUCUCAACUUUGUAGCGAUAAUAUUCCAGCUGGUUCUUUCUUUAUACCGUCUCGAAAUGGGUUUCUAAGCGGAAUAAGCCAAAGCUGAAGCCGACCUGAGCUAAUUCGAACGUUUGAAGCCCUUAUUGCUGUUGAAGGUGUAGUAGGAAGAAGAAGACGGGAAAAUGCCAGUUGCUACCCUCCUGCCUUUUACCGCCACCCCGAAUCGGAAGUCCGCCAGCCCGACGUCUUUCAGGUUGACGGAGAAAUUCAUCUUGUUGUUAGUGUUCAGCGCUUUUAUUACCUUGUGUUUCGGUGCCAUUUUCUUCCUGCCGGAUUCGUCCAAGCUGCUCAGCGGAGUUUUCUUUCGCUCGUCCGCGGUGGAGACCAACACCCGCACGGGUCUGGACAGCGGAGACUUCCCGUCCGCUGGAAGCGACCACCGGGUUCUGGCCAAAAUCAAGAAGGACCACGAGAAAGCUCUACUGGAGGCCAAGGACACCCUGCAAAAACGACCCGAAGACAUUAAACAGGACAUUCUCAUCGAAAAGGAGAAAGUUGCCAAAGAGGUAGUCAUUAAUAAAGGCGGCGGAGAUGCCAAUAAUUUGCCUUUCUUUGAGUUCCACCGGCCCCCCGGAGCCACUGGACACGAACCUGUGGACCCCGAAGCCAGGGACAGACGGGCUAAAGUCAAAGAGAUGAUGAAGCAUGCAUGGGACAACUACAGGCGCUACGCCUGGGGUUCCAAUGAGCUCAGGCCGGUCUCCAAACAAGGCCACUCCAGCAAUCUAUUUGGCAGUAUAAAAGGAGCGACCAUCGUGGAUGCUCUGGAUACUCUUUAUAUCAUGGAAAUGUAUGAAGAAUUUGAUGCUGCGACUGACUGGGUAGAGAAGAACCUUGACUUUAAUGUGAAUGCAGAAGUGUCGGUGUUUGAGGUGAACAUCCGGUUUGUUGGAGGCUUGUUGUCCGCCUACUACCUGUCUGGCAAAGACGUAUUCCGUAGAAAGGCAGUAGAACUGGGAGAAAAACUAUUACCAGCCUUCAAAACACCCACUGGCAUCCCCUGGGCUCUGCUCAACCUCAAAAGUGGUAUUGGCAGAAAUUGGCCCUGGGCAUCUGGUGGCAGCAGCAUCCUGGCAGAAUUCGGCACCCUCCAUUUGGAAUUCAUGCACCUCAGCAGACUCUCUGGAAACCCUGAGUUUGCUCAGAAGGUAAUGAACAUCCGUAAAGUUCUCAAUCGCCUGGACAAACCCCAGGGGCUUUAUCCUAAUUACCUGAACCCUAACAGUGGCCAGUGGGGGCAGCAUCACGUCUCAGUGGGUGGUUUAGGCGACAGUUUCUAUGAGUACUUGCUCAAGGCCUGGCUGAUGUCCGACAAGACUGAUGAGGAGGGGAAGAAGAUGUACUACGAUGCCCUUGAGGCAAUAGAAACAAACCUGAUCCGGAAGUCAAGCAGCGGCCUGACCUACAUAGCGGAGUGGAAAGGGGGACUGCUGGAGCAUAAGAUGGGUCACCUGACCUGUUUUGCAGGUGGCAUGAUUGCCCUCGGUGCCGAUGGGGCGCCCAGUGACAAGAUGGGCCACCAGAUGGAGGAAGCCGCAGAAAUCGCACGAACCUGUCAUGAGUCUUAUACAAGGACAGCAUUGAAGCUCGGUCCUGAGGCAUUUCGCUUUGAUGGAGGGGUGGAGGCCAUAGCAACCCGACAGAAUGAGAAAUACUUUAUCCUCCGUCCAGAAGUCAUCGAGACUUACAUGUACAUGUGGAGGUUCACCCAUGACCCCAAAUACAGGGAAUGGGGUUGGGAAGCUGUUCAGGCCUUAGAGGAACAUUGUAAAGUAGAAGGAGGCUACAGCGGCAUCAGAGAUGUCUAUUCGUCGUCUCCCAACCAUGAUGAUGUACAGCAAAGCUUCUACUUGGCUGAGACACUGAAGUAUUUGUACCUACUCUUUUCUGAUGACGACCAUCUCCCGUUUGAGCACUGGGUCUUUAAUACGGAGGCUCACCUUCUGCCAGUCUUCAAACAGGACAAAACAGACAGACCCAAUGAGGUGGAGUAGUGACCGCGACUGCGCUGGCACUCUGAAGACACGUAAGAACCUCUGAUCCUGUAUACCUGAGCCUCCAGCUGUCUGAAAGAGUUGAGCCAUUUGGAAUUCCCAGUGGUUUCCAACGCCUCGUGUUUGGAGGCUGAUUUAACGUUUUGGUUUUCCUGCGGUGGGAUCAAAGCAGGAUUCCAGCCUGUCAGUGGGGAAUUCUGCCUGUUAAAUUUUGCCCAGAUAGGGUUGGUUUUUUUUUUUCUUUUUGUUUUGUUUUUUGUCUUGUCAGCGGGGUCCAGCGGUGGUUGUGGUGUCCAAACACUGUCCCCAACAACGCUCACUUCUCAGUAUCAUAGGUUGUCGGCAUGUGAUAUCUCAUCCCUCUACAUGAGUUUGAAACUUGGAGGAGAUAAAUGACAGGAUAUUUUGGGAAUAUCCUCAUUCUGAUAAGUAUUUUUGAUAGUCUUGAAUUCAUGGAAGUGGCAGUUGAUGAAACGUUUCUUUAUUACUUAGUUGAUUUUGUUGCUUCAUGUUUCACCUCAUCUCCAGGAACAUCCUGACCCGACAGGAUGUUUAUUUGCUGUUAUUUUGUUGUCUGUUGCUCCAGCGCCAUCUGAGUGGAAAAUUAUGACCCAGUCUUCUCUGUGAAGGUGACACGGAUUGUCAGUUUUGGUACUUAGUCCUUAGUGAGCUAACGGAUGCUCUGUUUUGCACGCGUCUUUUCGCUCUGCUGUACUGCUUUAAUAUUUAAAUAGGACCUGGUAUUUCUGCACCAGUGCUGUUGCCACCAUCCGUCUUCAUACAGAUUCACUUCUCUUGCUGGGAUGAAGGGAAAGCUUCAGCACAGCUCGACUCGCUUCCUGAGUUUGUUGUGACUCAGAAUGAGCAGCUCCUCCAGCUGCCUGCAGCCGCUUCACUUCUCUCCUCAAACAUUUUCUUCCUCCACCUGGAUAAUCAGUUGUUUUUCUGUAAUCUUGUCUGGCGUUUUGGAUUCUUUUCACCUUCUGAAGGUUUGACUGAUACAGGUUUUCAGGACUAAUACAGAUGAUGUUAUUAUGAAUUCAAUGAACUGCCAAUGUUUUCUGAUCCUUCAACAAAUCAAAUUUAUUUAAAAACAUGAAAAACUAUAAAUUUCAAGGGGCCACAUGCUUUAUUUUGUAUUUAAUUUUUGUAUUUAUUUAUAAAUAUUAGGUGUUUAGCAGCUUUAAUUUAUUUUUAAAGGAUAAAUUUUCUGAAUGGUGCCUAAAAUCUCUGCUCAGUCAUAUAUGUCGAGUGCUGUGCAAAACUCAACACAUUUAUCAAAACUUCACCGAUGCAGAGAUGCUUUUGAUCAUCAAAUGAUUUUUUUUUUUUUUUUGUAGUCCUCAGUGUUAAAGGCUAAAAAUAAUCACCCCGUGUCACGAGCUUUGACCUUUAAAAUUGAAUUAUUUUCAAUAAACUAGCCCAAUGUUUUCCAA